AAGAGCGGGAAAACAGCGGGGGAAAAGUGGGGAGAAGCAGGAGAAAGGCGGGGAGAGGCGGAGAAAGGCGGGCUGAGAGCGGCGGCGGCAGCGGCAGCGGCAGCCAUGGUGUUCUACUUCACCUCCGACGUGGCGGCGGCGCCCUACACCAUCUACAUGGGCAAGGACAAACGAGGACCUGAUCAAGCACGGCUGGCCCGAGGACGUCUGGUUCCACGUGGACAAACUCUCCUCCGCUCACGUCUACCUGCGGCUGCAGCCGGGCCAGGGCCUGGACGACAUCCCCCGGGAGGUGCUGAGCGACUGCGCCCACCUGGUGAAGGCCAACAGCAUCCAGGGCUGCAAGCUGAGCUCGGUGUCGGUGGUUUACACGCCCUGGACCAACCUGCGCAAAACUCCCGACAUGGACGUGGGGCAGAUCGGCUUCCACCACAGCAAGGAGGUGCGCUCGGUGCCGGUGGAGCGGCGGGCCCCGGAGCGGCUGCGGCGCCUGGAGCGGACGCGCUCCGAGCGCUUCCCGGACCUGGCGGCCGAGCGGCGCGGGCGCGACCGGCGGGAGCGCGGCCGGCAGCGCCGGGAACAGCGGCUGCAGCGCCGGGAACAGCGCCUGGAGAGCCUGCGGAGCAGGGAGCUGGACGAGCUCCGGAGCUACUCCUCGCUGAUGAAGGCCGAGAACAUGUCCUCCAACCAGGACGGGAACGACUCCGACGAUUUCAUGUGAGGCUCCGGCCGGAAUUCCCGGGAAAAGGAGCUCGGGCCCCGCCCCGCUCCCAGCCAGGAGCCGCCGGAAUUCCCAAAAUUCCCGGGAAAAGGAGCUCGGGCCCCGCCCUGCUCCCGGGAGCCGCCGGAAUUCCGAAAUUCCCAAAAUUCCCGGGAAUGCCGGAGCCAACAAAGCCUGGGAGCCGCAGCCGCCUCUGGAAUUCUUCCCCCGGAGCCGCCGGGAGCGGGGGAGGGGCCGGGAAUUCCGGGAAUUCUCCCGCCGGAGCGCGCGGAAUUCCGGCUGGGAAUGUGGGGAGGGGAGCGGGGGGGGAAAAAUGGGAAAAGAAUUGGGGAAAAUGGGAAAAAAUGGGAAAAUAAUGA